AAUUUGCGUAUCGAUCCGUUCGAGACACAGAACCGCGAAUCUUCGCUGACGUUGGAGGAGAAGAAGGCUCUGCAUGAGACACUGGAAGAGAUGAAGCGAUGCCGUGGUAAGGCAUGUACGAUGCCACGCUACCAACAGAACACCCUGCCAGAAAGCAAUCUGUUGCCUCCGGCGACUGGCUAUGGACAAGGUGUGCCACAUGCCGGUGGUGUCGGCAAUCGUCAAGCAGGAGGAAACAUACCACCGUAUGGUGCAGGACCAGGUGCUGGUGUUGGUGGUGGAAAUCGACGAUCGAAGUUUCAUAGAGAUCAUACCGUGAACCAUGGUGCUAGUGGAGUCGUUGGUGGUAGUGGAGGUGUUGGUCAUUAUCCGGUAGAGUACGACGGUAGCCAAGCGUUGCAUGGAGCCGUAGGUGUAGGAGGCAACUCAAAGAAGAAAAACAAGUUCGGCAAACGGAAACAUCAUCAACAGCAGCAGCAACAGCAACAGCAUCAUCAGCAACAGCAGCAGCAACACAACAACCGUCGACAGUUUGGCGAGGUGAUUCCGCCACACGAGAACGACUUCAGCCUGGUGGGAACGUUGCCAGGGGAAGGAAGUGUAGCAACUGUUGGUACCGGUGGAACAACGAAACGCAACCGAACGAGCCGGCGACCAGUCUGGCAUACGAUCUACAAGGAGUAAAUCCAUUGUGGUACCAUUCCGAUGGUGCAACAACGGAAGUGCAAUCCAUUCAAAAGCAAAGCCAAAAAGCAAGCGUUCACUUGGUAGGCGCAGUAGGGGGUCCUAGGGGUCAGCUUACGAGGUUGCAACAUACAGGCCAAACCACCCAAUGCGCCAUGCAACGUCAUUUUUCAAUGCGUUCUCUCUUCUCUAUCUAGUGUAACCGCUUAGUGUUCUCUGUGCUCUUGAUGUUUAGGUUAACGUUUCGUGUGAUCCUUUUCCGCAUCCUUGUACAUUGAUUCGUGUUACUAUAGUUUUAUCCUUCCAUUAGUCCGUCGUAUUAUCGAUCACAGGCACACGCACCCAAACAAUCGGUUACGAACAGUUUUUAAUGGUCGUACACUGCCAUUCCAAUGCAAUCGAAGCAAAAAUGUGAAGGUGUUUAUGCAGUUGAUGAUGGUGGUUUAGCAACCAGAGUUUCAGCUUCAUCUGCUUCACAGAGAGACAAAGGAUGAGCUAUCUGGUGGUAGGAAAAGGAAGGAAGCUUUAAUAUAAUUCCGUAGAGUAGGAGCUGUGGCAGCAGCACAAGCGCACAGGCAAGUAGGAAUGAGCAAUGAGGCAACCCAGUUUUAAAGAAUGUUUUAAUUUAAUUUAGCCCAAUGUUAUUUAUCUUGUGAGCUGAUUACAACUGUGCUAAUCACUCAAACAGGUAGACGAUUGCGGAGGUUUUAAACUGCAAAAAGAGUCGAACUGCAUCGAUUUAUACGACUAACACGCCCAGUCCCAUCCAGUGGGAUAUGAGUUUUAGCUUAGGUUACGGAGCUGCUUUUGUAAAAUUGUGAACACAUACCCCGGCAUGUGCUUUGCGUCCUCAGAAGGUUGACAGAAAUCGUAUUUAUUGCUUUAGUAAAGUACAUUGCACAAGUCACGCGAGCGUAGCGUAAAGCAAGCGGUAUAGGGAGCCGAUGAUUUGAGGAUGUUCGAGGUAAGAUAUAUGCUGUGCUCAUCGCGACGAUGCUUUACCGGCUUUACAACAAAACGGAAACUACGUGUUGAAUGCCCGAGUGCGACCACCCCCCAUCGACGACGCGAGCGAGCGGUGCAAGGGGCGAAUGGUUGGCAUCAGCCCUUGACCAGAAUGGUGGUGCACAAACAAAUAAUCUUAAAGAUAACAUCAUUUAACGAUAUGAUACUGAGUAGUGCUGUAUACAAAACAGUAGUGAACAUAGAAAACCACUCAACGCAACAUAAACUCCUGGGUUGAGAUAA